AAAUAAACCUGAGAUUGCAUGUUUUAGGGAAAGUUGCCUCUCAUCACUUACCGUUUUUUCCAUUUGGUUCUUCCUCCAGCCUAAGCUUUUGGCCAAGGAGCUGCUUGACCUCGUGGCAUCUCACUUCAACCUGAAGGAAAAGGAAUACUUUGGAAUCGCCUUCACAGAUGAGACGGGACACUUAAACUGGCUUCAACUAGAUCGAAGAGUACUGGAGCAUGACUUCCCCAAAAAGUCAGGACCGGUGGUUUUAUACUUUUGUGUCAGGUUCUAUAUAGAAAGCAUUUCAUACCUGAAGGAUAAUGCCACCAUCGAGCUCUUCUUUCUGAAUGCCAAGUCCUGUAUCUACAAGGAGUUGAUUGAUGUGGACAGUGAAGUGGUGUUCGAAUUAGCCUCCUAUAUCUUACAGGAGGCAAAGGGAGAUUUUUCUAGCAAUGAAGUGGUGAGGAGCGACUUGAAGAAGCUGCCAGCACUUCCCACCCAAGCACUGAAGGAGCAUCCGUCUCUAGCCUACUGUGAGGACCGAGUGAUUGAGCACUACAAGAAACUGAACGGCCAGACGAGAGGUCAAGCAAUCGUCAACUACAUGAGCAUCGUAGAGUCUCUCCCAACCUACGGGGUCCACUAUUACGCCGUGAAGGACAAGCAGGGAAUACCAUGGUGGCUGGGACUGAGCUACAAAGGAAUCUUCCAGUAUGACUACCACGAUAAAGUGAAGCCGAGGAAGAUCUUCCAGUGGAGACAGUUGGAAAACCUGUAUUUCAGAGAAAAGAAGUUUUCCGUGGAAGUUCAUGACCCACGCAGGGCUUCAGUGACAAGGAGGACGUUUGGACACAGUGGCAUCGCAGUGCAUACGUGGUACGCGUGUCCAGCAUUAAUCAAGUCCAUCUGGGCUAUGGCCAUUAGCCAACACCAGUUCUAUCUGGACAGAAAGCAGAGUAAGUCUAAAAUCCAUGCCGCACGGAGUCUGAGCGAGAUCGCCAUCGACCUGACGGAGACUGGAACGCUGAAGACCUCCAAGCUGGCCAACAUGGGGAGCAAGGGCAAGAUCAUCAGCGGCAGCAGUGGGAGCCUCCUGUCAUCAGGUUCUCAGGAAUCAGAUAGCUCUCAGUCUGCCAAGAAAGACAUGCUGGCCGCCUUGAAAUCCAGGCAGGAAGCUCUGGAGGAAACCCUACGCCAGCGGCUGGAGGAGCUGAAGAAACUCUGCCUCCGGGAAGCUGAGCUGACGGGUAAACUGCCUGUGGAAUACCCCCUGGAUCCAGGGGAGGAACCACCCAUUGUUCGAAGAAGAAUCGGGACGGCCUUCAAGCUGGAUGAGCAGAAAGUCCUGCCCAAAGGAGAGGAAGCCGAGCUGGAACGCCUGGAACGGGAGUUUGCCAUUCAGUCCCAGAUAACGGAGGCUGCCCGCCGCCUAGCCAGUGACCCCAAUGUCAGCAAAAAACUGAAGAAACAAAGGAAAACCUCUUAUCUGAACGCACUGAAGAAGCUGCAGGAGAUUGAAAAUGCAAUCAACGAGAACCGGGUCAAGUCUGGGAAGAAGCCCACCCAGAGGGCUUCGCUGAUCAUUGACGAUGGAAAUAUUGCCAGUGAAGACAGUUCCCUCUCAGAUGCCCUUGUUCUAGAGGAUGAAGACUCUCAGGUCACCAGCACACUGUCCCCCUUACAGUCCCCUCACAAGGGACUUCCUCCUCGGCCACCAUCACACAACAGGCCCCCUCCUCCCCAGUCCCUGGAGGGACUCCGGCAGAUGCACUAUCACCGCAACGACUAUGACAAGUCCCCCAUAAAGCCCAAAAUGUGGAGUGAGUCCUCCUUAGAUGAGCCUUACGAGAAGGUCAAGAAACGUUCCUCCCACGGUCAUUCCAGUGGCCACAAGCGUUUCCCCAGCACGGGGAGCUGCGCCGAAGCAGGCGGGGGAAGCAGCUCCCUGCAGAACAGCCCCAUCCGCAGCCUGCCUCACUGGAACUCGCAGUCCAGCAUGCCGUCCACGCCAGACCUGCGGGUCCGGAGUCCCCACUACGUUCAUUCCACGAGGUCAGUGGACCUCAGCCCCACGCGACUGCACAGCCUCGCCCUGCACUUUCGGCACCGGAGCUCCAGCCUGGAGUCCCAGGGCAAGCUCCUGGGCUCGGAGAACGACACGGGGAGCCCCGACUUCUACACCCCACGGACUCGUAGCAGCAACGGCUCCGACCCCAUGGACGACUGUUCCUCCUGCACCAGCCACUCGAGCUCGGAGCACUACUACCCGGCGCAGAUGAACGCCAACUACUCCACGCUGGCCGAGGACUCGCCGUCGAAGGCGCGCGCGCGGCAGCGGCAGCGACAGCGCGCGGCGGGCGCGCUGGGCGCGGCGAACUCGGGCAGCAUGCCCAACCUGGCGGCGCGCGGCGGCGGCGCGCACGGCGUCUACCUGCACAGCCAGAGCCAGCCGAGCUCGCAGUACCGCAUCAAGGAGUACCCGCUGUACAUCGAGGGCAGCGCCACGCCCGUGGUGGUGCGCAGCCUGGAGAGCGACCAGGAGGGCCACUACAGCGUCAAGGCGCAGUUCAAGACCUCCAACUCGUACACGGCGGGCGGCCUGUUCAGGGAGAGCUGGCGUGGCGGCGACGAGGGCGACGCAGGCCGCCUGACGCCGUCGCGCUCGCAGAUCCUGCGGACUCCAUCGCUGGGCCGCGAGGGCGCCCACGACAAGGGCGCGGGGCGCGCGGCCGUCUCGGACGAGCUGCGCCAGUGGUAUCAGCGCUCCACAGCCUCCCACAAGGAGCGCAGCCGCCUGUCGCACACCAGCUCCACCUCCUCGGACAGCGGCUCCCAGUACAGCACCUCCUCCCAGAGCACCUUCGUGGCGCACAGCAGGGUCACCAGGAUGCCCCAGAUGUGCAAGGCCACGUCAGCUGCCUUACCUCAAAGCCAAAGAAGCUCAUACGUAAUCGAGUGAAGUUGGAGCGACCCCCCCAAGCAGUCCCCACCACAUCCUAACCUGGCAGACUGGGAGCUACAGUGACAGCUGUUUCCUGGAUUCCUCCCUCUAUCCAGAACUAGCUGACGUCCAGUGGUACGGGCAGGAAAAAGCCAAGCCCGGGACCCUUGUGUGAGCCAGCCGGCCUCAAUCUGACCGACUCAACGCCAUUCUGAGAUCACCUCACUGCCUCUCAUUUGCCUUACCCAGACGCACUGUCACCCUGCACCAGCUUCGGCCCUCAGCACUUUUUUUCUCCCGUCUCCGUAUCCCCUCACCCUCAAAAACCUGACUGAGGAGACAUUCUGGAAGGUUCCGGUCCCACUGUGUGGCCCCUGGCUCUCCUGUCCACAGAGAGCCAGGCACCAAUCCUCACUGGCACCUUGGUGGCUUCUCCCUGCCAUGACAGCCCCCAGGCCAGGAACUGUCAGGGAAGCUGGCUGGCAUCAAAUUCCUGUGGACAAAUGGCAUUGGUAGAGACCAGGAAAGGGGACUUAAGUACAGGGUGAUCCAGAAAGACUAUUAAGCUGUGGCCAACCUGUCACCUGUAGGCCAACCAAGCACUUCGUGAAGAGGAUGCCUCCUGGGAAUAUUCAGUUGACCCCUGAAAUAUUCCCUGGGGGGAGUGGCUGUUGGGGGAGGGGGAAUGAAAAAAGAGGCUUAACACGUCAGAGAUGCAUCAGAGGAUCACAAUCAGUUCUAUGCUGCCAAAGAUUUAAAAAAUUAAAAAACAAAAACACAAAAAAAUAAGAGGGGCCAAGAGGAAGACAUUCCUUCUGCAAUGAAAUCUCUUUCAAAUUCUAAACUGCUACUACACGCCACACGUGAAAGUCAACCAUUUGUAAACUGUUCCCCCUCUUUAUCCCUCUCCCUUAACCUUCCACCUUCUCUCUCGGUCGAGAGCCUGAAAAACUAACCCAACGUGAUGGUAAAGGCGGGGAGUCUUGGCUGGCAUUGCUGACGUGGAUCCCAUGAGUCUGGACACGAAGGAGGACAGACCUGGGGGUGGGUAGCAGAGUGUACUCUUAGCCCUGGUCUGUACGGGGGUUCAGCCUAAGCCCAAGACACAAAGCUGCUUUCCUUUGGGGGGUUUGUAGGAAACGUAAGGUGAUGAUUGCCAAAAGUGGUUCUCUGUCAUUAAAACAACCAGUAAAAGUGUAUCCUAUUUUUUUGCACAAGGUGUUUCAUUUUAUUUUUUAUGGGAAACCAAGGGAAAAGCACAUUGCAAUCCAUUCGAGUGUUUAAGUGUUGUGGCUCAUUUUAUGUUUGUUAGCACUUGUGUGACAAAGAGCUCAGAUCCGACUUCUCUCAGCACCCGUAACCAAUGUGUCACUUAGUCAAAGAACCCAACUAUGUCCUUAGGUAGAAAGAUUUUACUCACAUUGUCUACUAGUAGAGCAGGGUUGAAAAAAAUAUCAGCUCCCAGAGGACCCAGUUUAUACGCUUACAACAUCAUCAGCCACCUUGAUAUACCAUAUUUUCCACAGAUACCAAAAGAGGAAGGAAAAAGGAAGAAGAGAGAAAAAAGGUGUGUGGGAGCUGCUCGUUUACAUGUGUUUUGAGCUGUGCUUAAUACACAACUGGAAAGCCAUCAAUCUUCAAAGUCCUCAAAAAUACUUUUAUAAUAACCAGUGCACACUCUUAGUUGGGUUAUUCAAAAUGGCACAAACACGGUCUCCACAGAGGUGGUAUGCUGUGCUUAUUGGCGCAAGUCGGGGGAGGGGGGAUAUCUUUUCUCACUUGGAAUGACUUCCUAUCGAAUGGAAAGGCGUUUGACAGCCAGGGACAGGAGCCAGGGUGGGGGUGGUUUUGUGGGAAAGCUGAAUUGCAGUUAGCUUUAGCGUAAAAAGAAAAAUCUUUGUUUUUUAUGUAUGUGUAAUCCAAGAAUAACAAUAGACUGACUCUACCAGACCAGGAGGGUAAGAAUGGACACUAAAAUGAAAUAAAUAAUCAUGGUGCUCCCUCUGCGCUGCAGCUUGAAAAGCACUUGGCGGGGUGGGGGGGGUCACACUGGGGGCUCACAACAGGCUGAGCCCAGUCUGGACAAUUCAGGGCCGGGUUCCCCCACCUCUGUGCAGGGAAGAGAUUCGUAUUCACAGAAGACUUUAGGGGUAAACCCUUCAGGACAAAUAAAACUGGUUACAAUGUUAUUAAAUGAUUCCAGGGAGGGAUGGGGGGAUAUUUUUGUUGCUCUUAUUUUGACAGUCAGAGCUACAAACAGGGUUUUUGCCUUCUCCAUUCGGAAACAUUGUACAUUGGGCCAUUUUUCUUUCUCCCAAAAGAAGAUACACGGAUAAUCAAACUGAACUAUGUGCAACGGGAAAAGUCAAAAGGGAAACAGAAGGUGACAAGGUUACAUGGCUGUGGGUUACACACGUACAGCAGUUUGAAAUCAAGUCUGAAGUCAAUCGAUCAAGCUUUUAGCCCAGUUGGGUUACAAGCAAUGAAAGACGAAAAUUCUUUCUAAACGCUUGGGUUUUGGAUUCGGGGGGCAGAAAGGAAUGGAGCAGGAAGGGGAAUUACAGUUCAGACAAACAUCAGGACAGUCUGGUAGUAAGAACAGAGAUUAAGUAAAACAGGUUUUACUGUUUGGCUGCGUUCAGUUACUACAAAGUGUACAUAAGGUGUUAGUCCUUUGAGGCUGACGUGAUUAAUGAUCAGUGUGGGAAACGAUAUUAUUGUAUCCAGGCACUUGCAAGCUCUUUAUAGGCCCCGAUUUCUUUAAAACAAAAUAAGAUGAACUAUGAAGCCCCUGGUCUGAUCUAAAGCCCCUAUUGGAUUCUUCGGAUAGUGUAAGAAAUUGCCUGUUUAGCCAGAAGACUGGUGAAAACGCCUGCACCAGCCUUUGUUACGAGACAGGUGCGUUCUUUAUUUUAUUAUAUGCAGGUCAGUGUUGAAACUGUUAAAAUUCCAAUUUGUUUUCAUUCAGUAUUAGUUUAGUUCUAAAUAUAGCAAACCUCAUCCAGGUGCUAUCAGAUGACCAGUUACUGCUUAGUUAACUAGGUGUAAAGUUUUACAUAUACAUUAAUGUCAAUAGUUUAUUACAAGUUGUGUAAAAUCGACUCUAGUUUAAUAAUGGGGAGAAAAGGAUUAGGUUGCUCCUGAAACUGACUGUAGAGCAUGUAAAAUGAUUUUCCUAGAUUCUGUUCAACUGUAAUCACUGAAAAAGAUGUAUGUUGUAGACAAAGUUGCAGAAUUAAAAAGAAAUCUGCUUUUAAUUUAUUCUUUUUGUAUUAAGAAUUUGUAUAGUACCUUUACAUUUUGCAAAACAGUGUUGUCAACACUUAUUAAAGCAUUUUCAAAAUGAAAA